CCACAUUUAUGUCAAAUAACGAUACCCAGUACGACAUUCACAACAAUUACCUACUACGGAAAACGAAUUAUUAUAACUUUUUCAGGGAAUUUUGUUCAAGUUGCUUCAUUCAGUACCUAUUGACGAUUUCAAGAUUCCAAAUCUUCGAAUAUAACUAUUAAACAAUUUUACGUGAAUGUUUGUGAUAUUCGCAUACAUACAUUCCCGCCACUUCUUACAGUUCGUUCGUGGUGCACGGUUGAAACGGAUUUGCGAGUGAACAAUAAUAAUAUUUGAAAACGAAAUGUUUCGUCAGAGUUAAGAAUUAAUAAAAAAAUAAAUAAUAAUAACACUCGGGUGAAAGAAUCUUUGCUAAGAAAUAUAUACAUUUUGUUGCAAUACCUUGUUGAAUAAAGUAUUUGUUAAUAUGAAUCGUUUCCUUCUUCAUGUGCUUAUUGUAUGCGUUUUUAGUUUAAAAGUUUUCGCCGUUCCUCUUGUUCAAACUGAACUUCCGCAGGAUGAUGAAGAUGACGACUGGGAUGAAGACGAAUCAUCGGAAGCUGACGACGAUAGCCGAAUAUACAAAAAUCCACGAAACUCCCCAUCCACGGAAUGCCCCCGGGAUGAGGAGCAAGCAACAUUACUAGGGCAAAAAUGUUUGCGAAAAUGUUCGUCUGAUGAGGAUUGUAAGAGUAAAAAAAAAAAAUGUUUGUGCGAUGGAGUUUGUGGAAUGUCGUGUAUUAAACCAGAUCGCGAAUGCCCCGAACUAGCUCAGCCGUCGUUGGGACAGGUUUCUUUAUCGGGCAGACAUUUUGGGCAGAGGGCUUCCUAUUCCUGUCCUCAUGGCUACCAUGUCGUUGGACUCCAAAGUCGUCUAUGCCAAGCUGAUGGGAACUGGGCAGGAGCUGAGCCUGCUUGUAAGCAAAAUAUUUAUUGUCUAAAACCACCCAAAAUCGAACAUGCGCGUAAUUCAGCACUACCGGAUCAGGAAACUUUUGACUUGGACUCCACUGUGCAGUACCACUGCCAUAACGGAUUUGUUACCAAUGGAUUUCCGAGAGCAAAAUGUCUGGCAAUUGAUGGACAAGCUAGUUGGUACGGUCCAGACAUUCAGUGCGAACCACGCUCUUGUGGCCAACCUCCAGACCCGGCAAAUGGAUGGCAUUCAGGGGAGUGCUACACAUUCGGCUGUAGAAUAACAUACAAUUGUGGUACGGGCUACGAGUUGGUUGGAAAACAUGAACGCACCUGUCAACCGGAUGGAUCGUGGACGCCAAAGGAAUUGCCUACAUGUGUCUUGGUUACAUCAGUUGUUUGCCCUACGCCUGAGAAUCCCAAAAAUGGAAAAGCCACAUUUACAACUUUGGCUUACAACUCAGUUGUCAGUUAUGAAUGUCGUUAUGGAUACACAUUAGUUGGUGAGAGCUCAAGCCGUUGCGGUGCAGAUAGAAAAUGGAGUGGAUUACUGCCCACAUGUAAAGAAAUUAAUUGCGGUCAUCCGGGUGUGCUUUUUAACGGCUGGAUCGAGAAUGUAGAAGCUGGUACUGGUUUGGGAGCUAGUAUAAUCUUUCGUUGUCAGCCAGAUAUGCUAAUGAAGGGUCAGUCGUCAAGUGUAUGCCAGAUUGAUGGGCGUUGGCGAAACCAGUUGCCAGAAUGUUUGGCACCUUGUGUGGUUCCAGCCAUAUCGCAAGGUUUUGUUGUUCCGAUUGAGAUUACAACUGAUGAGAAUGGAACGGUAAUAACAACACCUACAACUCAAUUAGCGCCUCAACAGCCAUUCGGAAAUGUAGAGAAAGUAAAACACGGCACUGCUUUGGAUGUACGAUGUGAUUUAAAUUAUGAGUUUCCGGUAUCGCUUUUGAGCCCCCCUAAAUGUCACAACGGAACAUGGAGUAUAAUCCCCAGGUGUGUUCCUGCCAGAUGCAAACAUAUGCCAAAACCUCCAAAACAUGGCAUGGUCUUGGCUCCUAAAACUGAGCACGGGAUGAAGGCGAGAUUUAAAUGUAAAGAUGGAUUCAAGCUUGUUAGCUCAGAUGGGAAAGAUAUAAUCGAUCCUAAUGAUUAUGUCCUUACAUGCUCGUUUGGAAAUUGGACAGGAGAAAUUCCAUCUUGCCAAGAAGUUUUUUGUUCUUUUCCUGGAUACAUUCCGAAUGGAAAAGUCUUGCUUGUCGGAAAUAUGGGUCUUUACGAUUACAGACCCUAUGUAAAAAAGAUUGUUAAUAAUAAACAAAUCAUGUACGACUGCGACAAAGGAUAUGUUUUAGAUGUCGGACCACCUGGAGCCACCUGCGUAGGUGGGAAAUGGAGGCCAUUAGAAUUGCCUCAAUGUCUGUUAGGUCAGCAUCCACGCCUACGGUGGAACAGAAGAAGACGAUCAAUAAAGAUAAGACACUUGCGGUCUUCAUAUCUUAUGAAACACUUUCGGACACUCGAAAGGAACUUAUUUAACGAAAUUGAGAAUGAUUCGAUCGGUCUUAAUAAGUGUUUAGGCGCAGACUGCAUCGAUGAACUGCAAACACCUAAAGCGAAGAGGGGGGACGAGGAUAUUGAGGAAGCUUUUUUAAAAUAUUACCACAAAAUAAAGCAAAAGUAUCAACAUUUUGUCCAAUAUUUACUUGGUUAUAAUGGUGAAUCACAGGCAAUCAACAUUCCAAAAAUUGUUAAAAAAUCAAAAGUUCACAGUGCCCGUUUCUACUACGUUUCCAAUGACACGGAUCAUCUUCCUGUUUAUAAAAGCCAGUACAACGCAACUCAAAAAUUCAACGAUAUAUCUCCAAACGAAUAUAAUGAUAAAAACGAAGGUCCGACACUAACUAUUUCGCUGCCAAAAAGUUUCGAAGACGCUAAAUCUACCUCGUUAAACAAGAAUAAACAUGCAGAUUUUUCUGCAAUAAAUUCUUAUAACUAUAUUAUCGGCCCAUUGGCUUAUAAGAUCCCGAAGAUUACUAACGACUCACGUUUUAUUGAGAAAUUAAAAACUCAAAUUGUUGGAAACCGAAGAAAAAGAAGUGCUACUAUUUUGACCGACAGUGAUUCGGAGACAAAUGAUGACAAUAAGGAAGGUCGUAAACGUUUACGAGGCCCCUGUGAGGAUUUAGAUUGGGAUUCAUUUGCAAAUGUGACCAUGCAUAAAGCCGGCAAGACUUCUACCAAAAACAGCAUAGGAACGGUUUUGAGUCUGGAAUGUAAUGCUGGCUUCCAACUGAAUAUUAAAGGCGAAAAUGCGACCGCUAAAUGCAUUCGUGGUUACUGGAAACCAGAAACUCCGAAAUGUGUUUCAGCCCCGUGUCUUGUUCCUUUUGUGGAAAAUGGAAAAUAUUAUAAAGUAGAACCACAUACUAUUGAACUUUCAGAUAAGCCAUCACUAACUCCUUUAUCAACGUAUGAAGAAAUUCAGUCAAAUGAAUUUAUUACAUUGGAGUGCGAGGAAGGAUUUAAAAUACAAGGCGCUGGUCAACUAAGGUGCGGCCAUGGAAGUUGGUCUGUAAAUGCAUUCUCAAAAUGUGUUUCUAUAGCAUGUACACUACCAAAUAUUCCUGGACUUAUAUAUGAGGGUGGUUACAGAGAAGGACUAACUAUUGGCCACGAUAGUUCUGUUAACGCACGGUGUAAUUAUUCAACCAACACGCUGCCGAUCGAAAUGACUUGCAAUAAAGGCAUACUCAAGCCGCAAAAUAUACAAUGUGAGUCUGGCAUUCGCAAAUAUCGAGAAGAAAUUGCUCAUAUCUCUCUGCCACUGGAUGACUCAAAGGAAAGUUUUAAUGUAAUGAACAUAUUGGAUGCUUCGAACAUGGACGAGAGCUCAAAUAUAACAGAAGAUCAAAACAUAACAGAAGAAUCCAAAAUGUGUGGAUCCCCAAGUUUAACUGACGGCGCUCUAGUAUAUAAGAAUGGAGACAUUGAUGUUGACGGCGUAUAUGAGAGUGGCACGGAGAUCUACUUCAACUGCAUUCCGAGCGCCUCUGGAGAAAGAAAUACUUGGAAAAUUAUAUGCGAGCACGGCAAAUGGAUCGGUCGGUCGUACAACUGCGCAAAUGGGACAUGUUUGUUCAAGAAUAACGAGCCAAAUGUUGUCAGCUUUUACAAUGAUUUGGAGAUUAGAGAAGAUGUGGUUGAGUUUCCUCCAGGAGCAACGAUAACAUCAAGGUGCACGGAUAUUGGCAAAUUUGAACUAAUUGGAAGUAUCGAAAGAACUUGCAUUCAUUCGGAGUGGACGGGAACAAAACCGCAAUGCUUCGGUCUAAAUCAAGAAAACGAUUAUGCCAUGGAAAAGGCCCCCACAAUAUUGUUUCGACGACAAAAUGGGCCCAUUGCCCAAAGCAAUGAUGGGAAGCUCAUUGUGUAUCCAGGAACGACAUUACAUAUGGAAUGCCUGUGGAUGCGGCGUUUCGGAAAUCCAAAGUGGUCCGUCAGUCACGAUUACAAAAAUUAUUCCGAAGGUUGGGUAACUGAAGAAGGACGGGAUGCUACACUCGAAUACCGACUUACUAUUGUCGACGCUCAAACUGACGAUUCAGGAAUUUAUUCAUGCGAAACUCCAGCUCGGCAUAAACAUUCUGUUGAAGUUUUGGUUAAAAGCAUAAAUUGCCCGGAAAUACCAACUAGACGAGGUCUUAUUGUGAGCACAAACGAAACUAAACUUAGCGCAAGAGUCUUACUAUCGUGCUCUAAUGGAAAUUCCCUUAUUGGGUCAUCUGAACUAUUUUGUCUUCCUAGUGGCAACUGGAGUUCACCCCUGCCGGUGUGCGAAAGCGUGGAAUGUGGCGAUAUUCCAUUAUCAAAUAAUAUAACUUCACCUAGAGUGGCAGUCUUAUCUCGAGAAGUUGGUGGUCGUGCUUCAUUUUCAUGUCAAUCUGGUUACGGACUAAGGGGCCCUUCUGAAUCUAUUUGUAUGCCAUCAGGAGAAUGGGCGACGCCUUUCCCGACAUGUGUUGAAGUUCAAUGUGAAAAUCCUGGAGCCCCUCUUAAUGGAUACGCACAAGGUACUACACCAUACAGAGCUGGGGAUGUUGUGCAAUUUAACUGUAAUCCAGAGUAUAUGAUGCAAGGUCAACCUAUUAUCGCGUGUCAAGAUAAUGGACGUUGGUCUGGCGGCCUUCCCAAAUGUGUUCAGGCCUGUUCCUACCCAGGUACUGCUAUUAGUGGUCAUAUGUCUUCCGUGCAAUUUUAUUACGCAAUUGGAGAGAGCAUAACAUUUACUUGUGAUGCCGGUCUUGAACUACGAGGGCCAAAAAUGGUAAAAUGCCUCAAAAAUGGGAAAUGGUCUGGGGCAAUUCCGCAAUGCAUCGCACUGGAUUAAAAUCUAUUUCUAAUCCUAAUAUUUGUAUUAAGGUGGCAAAAUAAGGUACUAAACGUAUAAUGGGUCGAAUUUGGAUUGGCUAACAGCACAUGUUACCAUUAAAUAUUAUAAGUAUUAUGUUGCCGUAAAAAUUAGCAACAAAUAUGUUUUAUCUUGCAGUAAUGAUUUUUUUUGUCGGAAUCAAAUUUUUUAAUUGAUGCAUGUCGUGCAUGUUUGAUUUAAAAUUGAUUUUACUUGAUGAAAAAGUGAACUUAUUACCCAUACAUCAAAAAUUAGUUAUAUGUAAUAAUUGUAUAAGAACAAA